AUGCGAUUAAAUUUAAAAAUUAAUUCAGACAAAGAUCUCGACAGAGAAACAAAAGAAACUCUUAUUAAACAAAACGACGUUACAGCCGUCACAGUUUUAAUUUCUAAUUGUAAUUCAGAGCUUAGAACCCUUUUAAUGUUAAGUAAACCUAAAAAUAUAGAGGAAGCCACCUCUUUAGUCAUUAACCAUUCCCUUUAUGAACAACAAAUUAAUAUUAGAUAUCAACAACAAAAACCCAUUCAAAAACCCAUAAGUGUAAAUAGAAACUCUAACAACCCCAACUUUUAUAAACCAGUACAACAAAAUCCUAAUUUCUACUUUCCAGUAAACUCUAACAAUAAUUUCCCUCAACGUAAUAAUUUUAAUAAUACUAACUAUCAACGACAACAACAAUUUCCUAGUCAACCAAUUAAAAUUGAACCCAGACCCAUUCAACAAAAAUUCUUUUCAAAUGCGGAAGUUUUUGGCAAACCAACAAAUGUUUUCUCUGCAAAAAAUUCACACAAACCACAAAAUAAACCCGAACCCAUGUCGACCAUAAGUAGAAUUCCUUCUUUAAAAAAUAAUCCACCACAAAGACUAAAUUAUUUUCAGAACAAAAUAAUUUUAUUUAAAAUUCACAUACCCAUUGUAUCUUCCCAGUUUAAAUUGUUCCGCCUCUAUCCUAUCCCAAUAAAAAAUAAGACCAUUAUUCCUGAACAACCUUACCUUUUGCUCAAUACAAGAGACUUUUGGACAACAUCGCAACAAUGUCCUGAAAUAGAAAAUUGGUAUUUCUGUCGCCAAAACGAUCUACACAAACACCAACCAUGCCUCGCAGACCUCAUCAGAAACGGCAAAAUCCUCUGUCAAAGUACAAACAUUCAUUAUUCCGAAACUAGCGUAACCCAAAUCAAUUCUAAAGAUGUACUUAUCAUCCCUGCAAGAAAUACGAAAAUCGAAUCAUCAUGUGACAUCGAAGGCAUCUACGAAACAUCCAAACCAAGCAUUUUGUCAAUGAAAAAAUGCAAAAUUUCAAUAAAUGGAAAAUUCUUCCAAGCUGAAGACACCAACCAUGAAGAAUUCAUCUUUGAAUUACCCAAAAUAGAACUUCCGCACAUAGAAAUCAACUCAACAAAUAAAUCCUUCUACCUAAAACAAAUAACAAGUGAAGACAUUGAUCAUAUCAACAGAAUUGCAAAUAAUUUGCAAAUCCCUGAUUUAAGUAGCAGUUCAAGCACAAGUCACCCAUGGAUCAAUACUUUCCUAUUUAUAAUGGCAGUCCUCAGGCAUCUUGUUCUACAUUAA